AUGUCGAUUCCACCCGGGCACGAUCACAGCCAAAUGGGAUACCCGCCUCCAGGCUCGGGUGUUGCGCAACCGCCUCCACCGCAGCAACAGCAGCCGCCGGUGAUCAAUCGACAACCCACGGCGCCCAAGUUCGAGGACAGCCCCGGACCCGAGAUCAAACAAGAAGGCGGCACGAAGGCGAAGAGGAGGUGUGUUACGACCGCAUGCUUCCCGUGUCGAAGACGGAAGUCUAAGUGUGAUGGUGGGUUACCGGUGUGUUUGACGUGUCAGUUGUAUAAGACGGAGUGUGCGUACGACACCGAAUCGGAUCGAAGAAGAAAUAGAACACAUUCCCGACAACACGUCGACGCACUCAAAAUCCGCGUCGGCGCACUCGAAGCGCUCAUCACAUCCCUCCAAUCCUGCCCCCGCGACAAAACAGACUCACUCCUCUCCUACAUCCGCGACACUCCCCUCGAAACCCUCAUCCUCGAUUUCGACCCCGCGAACAAUACCCCACAAAAUGCCGAAGGGAGCGGGACGCGAACACCGAUUGGCCCAUCCCUCGUGACUGAUUUAAGUGAGGUUAUGGGACAGUUACGGGUUGAUGAUGCUGGAGAAUUGAGGUUUUUCGGGCCGACGAGUAAUUUGAAUUUAGUGGAGGGGAGUGAGAAAGAUACCCCUGCGACUCAGCGAAGUAUAUCCCUCUCUCCGCGAGCACAGACAGCGAAGAUGGCGAAUACGUGGUAUGAUUCUACCCUCGUCUCUCAUCUCUUGGAGCUGUAUUGGACGUGGCAGCAUCCCUAUUUCGUGGUGUUGGAUCGCACGGCGUUCAUGAGAGAUUAUCAUGCGGGUGGGGGCAAAUACUAUUCGGAGCUGUUGUUGAAUGCGAUUUUGGCGCAUGCGGCGCCGUAUAGUUCGAGAUCUGAUCUCAGGGAUGUCGGGGGUGAGGUGUGUACGGCAGGAUACCACUUCUACCAGCGUGCUCGUGAGCUACUCGAGGAUGAGUUGGAGAAGCCGUCCAUCACCACUGUGCAAGCACUUGCGUUGUUGGGGUCCAGGGAGGCGGGGUGUGGACGCGAUGCACGCGGGUGGAUCUUCUCGGGUAUGAGUUUCCGGAUGGCGUUGGAUUUGGGGCUACACUUGGAUUGUCGGCGAUUCGUGGAAGUCGGUGCGAUGCGUGCUGAAGAGGCCGAGAUUCGGAGUGUCACGUUUUGGGGAUGUUAUGUCUUCGACAAAGGAUGGUCCACCUACAUGGGACGACCAUCUCUCAUACCUGCCGACGACGUCACGGUUCCGAAACCGAAUAUCUCCCUAAACGAGGAAGCGUUACCCUGGCGCGCAUAUUAUGAACCGAGCUUUCCGAUUCAGCAAUUGCCGGACGUGCCGUUGCAUUUGUAUUCGACUUUUGGGAGUAUUUGUUCGUUGACGGAGAUUCUGGGGAGUUUGAUGCAGGGGUUGUAUUCGAGUAGUCCGACGAAGGUUGGGGCCAGUGGGAGGGUGGGUAGGGUUGGGGAGAUUUGGACAAGAUUGAGGGGGUGGGAGGAUGGGUUGGAGGGGUGGGCAAAGGUUGGAGGGGUUGGCAGCGGUCCUGGGGAUGUUGGAUUGCCGAGUGUUGUCUUGAUGCAUAUGAUGUACCAUACGACGGUUAUCCUACUGUUCAGGCCAUUUUUGGCGAAGAAGGAGCCGGUGUUGAAGGGGACUGCACUGCCGAGGCAGAUGUGCACGAAUGCGGCUAUGGCGAUCGCGAAUCUGUUGACGUACUACCGUCAGCGGUUUUCGUUGCGCUACGUUGUUAACCUCUCGGUGCAUAUCCUCUUCACGGCGUGUACGAUCCAUCUUGUGGACGCCACGGUCGCGACUUCUUCGGUCGAGUCUCGUGCGGAGUCUAGAAAGGCGUUGAGGGUGUGUUCCGAUGGGUUGGCGGAGAUUUCGAAUACGUGGGAGAGUGCGUCGAGGUCGUUGAGGGUUGUUGGUGCACUUGCGAGGAAGUGGAAUGUCGGCUCGAAGGAUGACUUCCCGUCGCUUGUGCCGCCUGGUGCAGAAGGGUUACCGAGUCCCGAGAUGCACCUGAGGAACUGGCAGCCGGUUGGAAUGGCUUCCACGCCUGGUCCUUUGGACUUCUUUGCUGAUGCUGGAGUGGUUGGGUGGGAUAACUCUGGAGCCGGGGUUGGGAACAAUGGUGUUGCGCCUGUGAUGCCUGUACCGGGUGUCUUGCCGGGAUUCCCUGCGUUCAUGGAUCUGAAUAACAUGGCGUGGGGAGUCGGACAUGGGGAUAUGACUGGUGCGGCACAAGGUCAUCAGGGAUACCUUCCUGGACCGUAA